UAAUGAUAAAUAUUGUAAAAACUUCUCAUGAUUAUUCUAGUUCCCUUUAAGUCUAUUAUUAACAGCCAAAGGAUCAGAUGCGGUAUAUUUUAAAGAAUAAUAAGAAUAGGUAAUUGAAGUUAAAGCAGGAGAUACAUAUGAUGGUAAAUUAGAAUAAUUAGAUAAAUUUAUGAAUGUUAAAUUAACUAAUGUUAAACAUACAUCAAAAGUAAAUGGUUCAUUUAUUAUAUUAUCAGGAUGGAAAUUAAUUUCAUGGAAUAAAAGAAUUGCUCAUUAAAGGAAAUUCGAUUAAGUAUUUUAGAUUGGUAUGAAUAGUAAUAUUGAUAUUUAAGAAUCCUGAUGCUGAGAAAAAAGCUUAAGAAGAAGCUGAGAUAUGUAAUUUUACAAUUAAAAAAUAGACGAAUAACAAUAAUAGCAAAAAUAAUAAAAGCAAAAUGAAUAAAAAUAAUAAAGAAAAACUUAAAAUUAAAAAUCACGUGGAAAGUCUUAUCCUUAAAAGUAACCUUAAUAGAGAAGAUGAGUU